AUGGCCCAGCAACUUAAAACAAAAGGCAACGAGCUCUUCAAAGCAGGCGAUUACAGCGGUGCUGAAGAUUUCUUCUCCCAAGCAAUCGCAAAGGACCCCAACGACGCAACAUUCUUCACAAACCGCGCCAUAACCCGUAUCAAACUAGCCAAAUGGGCCGACGUGGAACAUGACGCCCGCGCCGCAAUCGAAAUAUACGGGCUGAAGAACCCGGCCGCCCUAAAGAGCCACUAUUACCUCGCGCAAGCGCUCCUCGGUCUCCAACGCCAUCAAGAAGCAUAUGACGUCGCGUCCAACGCGUACACACAGAGCCUAUCUACGAAAAACGCCCAGACGGAGAAUUUGUCGCGGACCGUGCUGCGCGCAAAACAGCAGAUCUGGGCUGCGAAGGAGACAUCCCGUAUCAGGGAAUUGGAUGAGACCCUCGGCGCUGUGGAGGUGCUUGUGCAGGCUGACGCUGAGCGGGCGCUUGGAGAGCUGAAAGGCCGGCUUGAGCGUGGGGAGAUUGGGGAGAUUGGGUUUGGGGAGGAUGAGAGGGCGCUGAGAGAGGAUGCGGAGGGGAAGAUUAGGAAUUUGAGGGAGGCUUUUCGGAUUGCGUCUAAGGGGGAUAUUGCGGAGCGGAUUGUUCCUGAUCAUCUCGUUGAUGGCAUUACUUUUGAGAUUAUGCAUGAUCCUGUUAUUACGCCUUCUGGGGCGAGUUUCGAUCGCAUCGGCAUUACCAAGUAUGUUGAGAAGGCGGGCGUUGAUCCUUUGACUCGGGCUCCUAUGUCUGUUGGGGAUUUAAGGAACAAUUAUGCUCUCAAGGCGGCUUGUGAGGAGUUCCUCACAAAAAAUGGAUGGGCGGUUGAUUGGUGA